AUGGCUCCGUCGAUCACCAUUCCUGCCCAGGGAGGCAUGUUCCAUACCUUUCAAGGAGUGACGCCUCGCAAGCAGUCGGCAGACUCGACAGAGGGCUCCAGGUCGAGCAAUGCCGGAAUCUCCAAGAGAAUCACAACCCCACAUGCGUGUGCCGAGUGCAAGCGGCGCAAGAUUCGUUGCGACGGCCAACAACCAUGCAGCCAAUGCCUGUCCAGCCGCGCUCCCAAGCGCUGCUUUUAUGACAAACACCGCCAGAGAGUCAUCCCAUCCAGAAAAACUCUGGAGGCUCUGUCGCAAUCGCUCGAAGAGUGCCGGUCCAUUCUCAAGCGGUUAUUCCCCAGCCACGAUGUCCAAGCCCUUCUUCCGCUUCCCCGGCACCAGCUUCUGGAGCUUCUCGGCAAGAGCCCCGAGGCAGGCGCAAACGGACUUCCGUCGCCGCCACUGAACCCGUCGCCGGUACCCAUCGACAUGAGCUCGCCAUCAGAAACCGGUCUUUCCGGACUGGAACAAAUGUCCUGCCAAGACAUGGACUGGGAUGACGACCAUCACCCCAGAGACGCCAUUGCGGAUGUCGCUGACGACGUAAAUGCUCUAUCAUUUCCGCCGGACCGACAAGCGUCUUACCUGGGAGCUUCCUCCAUCAAGGCAGCCCUCAUGGUCAUGCUCAAGGUUCAGCCUGGCCUGAGAAACACCAUGACGACGCCGCCAUUCAGCAGUGUGGAGAUUGUCCAGAACUUGCCAGUGAUGAAGCAGAAGAGCAGCACUCAACAGGAGCCACAACGGGUGCCAUGGUCGUGGAAGGGGCAGACUUUGAUCGAUGCAUACUUCAAGCGGAUACACAUCUUCAUUCCCAUGCUCGAUGAGGCCUCUUUCCGUGCCGACUACCUUGAAGGACAGCGCUUCGACAUUCCCUGGCUGGCACUACUCAACGCAGUCUUUGCCAUGGGAAGCAUCGUAGCAAUGAAGUCGGACGACUACGGCCACCUCAACUACUACACUCGUGCCAUGGAGUACCUUCCGAUCGAGUCCCUUGGUAGCAGUCAUAUCGAGACGGUCCAGGCGCUGGCGCUCAUCGGAGGCUACUACCUUCACUACAUCAACCGGCCCAACAUGGCCAAUGCUGUGCUGGGAGCGGCCAUCCGUAUGGCCAGUGCAUUGGGUUUGCACCGCGAGAGCCUGGCAUAUGCACCGACCGGAAACAAUAGUGACAUCACGGCCGCAGAGACACGCAGGCGCACUUGGUGGAGUUUGUUCUGUCUCGACACCUGGGCGACCACAACACUGAGUCGACCAUCAUUUGGCCGCUGGGGACCUGCCAUCAACAUCAGGCCACCAGAGGCUGGUGUGGCUUCUGGCCGUGACUCUGCCCAGCAUGCUGGCAUCUUGCCUUUGAUUGAGAACAUCAAGUUCUGCAAGAUUGCCACCCAGGUUCAGGACUUGCUGGCCAUCUCCCCCUUGCUGCGAGCGGAGGAUCGCUGCAAUCUCGACGGGGAACUCGUCAAGUGGUUCAGCGGCCUCCCAUGGCUGCUCCGGACAAGUGAUCCUUGCGCUGAGCCGCUCUUCAUUGCCCGCUGCGUGAUGAAGUGGCGGUAUCAGAACCUGCGGAUGCUCCUGCACCGUCCCGUGCUGCUCAACCUUGCUAGCAGUGGCGCCUCGCACGCAGCGGAGCACGACAUUGUUGCGAUCGAGGCCUGCCGUGAUCUCGCCAAGCAAACCAUCGAGGACAUCUCCCGGGAGUGGGCACGCAACCAGAUGUCCGGCUGGAAUGCUGUAUGGUUCCUGUAUCAGGCUGCCAUGAUCCCACUGGUCAGCAUCUUCUGGCAGUGGGACAGCCCCAGGGUGCCGGAGUGGCAGAAGCAGAUCGACAUGGUCCUUGAGCUGCUCGAGCAGAUGGAGGACUGGUCGCUGGCGGCCCACCGCAGCCGCGAGGUUGUCUGGCGCAUGUACGAGGCCUCUCGCCAGCUGGAACCGACCCUCCUGCGUCGCCGCGCGAGCUAUCACGCCGCCGCUGCCGCCGCCGCCGCCUCAGCGACCAGCAUGGCCGUGGCAACGUCUGCCACACCCUUGCAGAUGAGUCUCAUCACCACUGCAGACGCACAGGGAGCGGCCGCAGCCGGCAUGCUGUCAAUCGCCGGCAGUGACGGGUGUGCCGAGAUUCACAUGUCCCCCAUCGGGCUGGAACCGGAGGGGUUCGGCGACAUGAUGAAGAUGCUCGACCAGCAUGGCCUCUGGAACAUGGAUGGCAUGGUCUGGGACAUGCCCAAUGAGGAGGACGACUGGGUCACCCAGCAGUCCCAAUACGGCAGCCUGCCGAGCGACAACGGGUUUGUCGACUACGGUGGCCUCCUAGGCGGCGGGCCGGGCAGCGGGGCCGGCAGCGACGGUGGCGUUGGUGGUAGCACCGACGGCGGCGUUGAUCCGUCGUCGUUUUCUUUUGCGCAGUGA